UAAAAAUCAUGUAUUCCAUCGACCACCCUCCUUCUCCUUCUCAUGGUUCUUCUUUCCUCUUAUGCCCUAAAACACGAUGCAUGUUUGGACCCGGAUACUAUGUAAACCAUGGUGAAAGCUAUGCCACAAUCAAAAGAUCACAUUUUUCAAACGAACCUCAAAAUAAUCAUCAUAUUCGACCUUUACAUGGGUGCAAUAAUAAAGAAGGAGAACCAAACGAUUUCACAUGUGAUGCUUGUUGGCUAACAACAGUAGGCACCACCUAUUAUUUCUGUGGUGAAUGCGAUUGUAGUUACCACAAAGAAUGUGUUGAGGCUCCAGAUAAGAUCAAUGUCCCAGGUUAUCAUCCCAAACAUCCUCUCCAACUUUCAGAUAAUAUUUUUGGAUUAUCAGAUAUGGUAUCUAAUUGCUGUGGAAACCGUAAUAUACGUUAUUUUUAUUACCGUUCAAUAUGUGAUUUUAGUAUGCAUCCUCUUUGUACAACGAAAACCAUACUCCUUUCUAUCGACCAUCCAAAAUGUCAUGAGCAUAUGCUCUUGUAUUUUCACAGAAAAGCAUCUCUGACUUGUAAUAUUUGUGGAUUGGACGAUGAGAGGCACUUUAUCUACAUAUGUCUCCAAUGUGAUUUUAUUGUCCAUAAAACGUGUAUCUACUUACCACGAGUCAUAAUAAUAUCUCGUCACGAUCAUCGUCUAUCAUUUAGUUUGGCCCUUCCUUGCGAGAAUUGGUUAUGUGGUGUUUGUCACAAAGAAAUGAACCGAAGUUACGGAGGAUAUAUUUGCGUGAAAGGAUGUGAAUUUGUUGCGCAUUUUUCAUGUGCAACACAAAGAAAUGUGUGGGAUGGAAAGGAACUUGAGGGCAAGCCAGAUGAAUAUGAAGAUAUUACGUCAUUUAAAAAGCUCGGCGAUGGUAAGAUACAAUAUUUUAGUCACCCACAUCAUCCCUUGAAGCUUUGUGAGAACAUCGAUGGAGUGUAUGACGAGAACACGUAUUGCCAAGCAUGUAUUCUUCCUCUUUGUGACGAAAAUGUUUACAAAUGUGAGGAUUGCGAUUUUAAUCUCCAUCAAACAUGUGCAGACCUUCCUCUUAAAAAACGACAUUUAUUGCAUAUACAUCCUCUUAUUCUACAAAAGGAUUCUGGAAAUCAUUACCAAUGUGAAGCUUGUUGGCGUAUACUCAUUGGUUACACAUAUGUGUGUUCCGAAGGUUGUUAUUUUUAUAUAGACAUACGGUGUAGUAUGGUUUCCGAGCCGUUCAGUCACUCAUGUCAUCCUCAUCCUUUGUUCCUAAUCACUGUAACAGAAUCUUACAUUAGUUGUCGGAUAUGUUCAUCAUUCAGUUCUGGCCGAUUCCUAGAUUGCAUUGUUUGUGAGUUUUCUUCGUGUUUUGGUUGCGCCACUUUACCAUAUAAAGUGAGGUACAAGCACGACAACCAUUUUCUCAAGAUUUCACAUGUGACAAGUCAAGUUGAAGAAUAUUGGUGUGAAGUAUGUGAGCAACAAAUGAAUACAGGGGGGAUAUAUGCAUGCAACAGUUGCAGCAUCAUACACUCCACAUUGAAUGUGCAAUUGGAGAUUUAUAUAAGAGACCUGGUCAAGGUUUUCAACAUGGCAAACUGAAGGUCUAUGUUCUUCCCAAUAGUAGUCUUGCCCGACCAAUCUGCCAUUAUUGUCACCGUCGUUGUAAGUAUCAACUACUUUUCAAACCGUUUGUAAACCAGUGUUGUGUUGGGGUACUUUGUUCUAUGUCGUGUUUGUAUGAUAUGGGG